UGAUUCCAGCAAACAUGGAUGGAAAACCCACCUGUGACCAGUGUGGAAAGACUUUCACCACAGCAAGUAACCUAAAAGUCCACCAACGCAUCCACACUGGAGAAAGACCAUAUGAAUGUGACCAAUGUGGAAAGAGUUUCGCCCAAAUGAGUGGGCUUCAAUAUCACCAACGCAUCCACACUGGAGAAAAACCAUAUGAGUGUGGCCAGUGUGGAAAUGCUUUCACCACAGGAAGUAACCUAAAAAGCCACCAACGCAUCCACACUGGAGAAAGACCAUAUGAAUGUGACCAGUGUGGAAAUGCUUUCGCCAGAGCAAGCAGUCUAAAAAUCCACCAACGCAUCCACACUGGAGAAAAACCAUAUGCCUGUGCCCAGUGCGGAAAGAGUUUCGCCUACAUGAAUGGGCUUAAAUGUCACCAAUACAGUCACACUGGAGAAAGACCAUAUAACUGUGAUCAGUGUGGGAAGUCUUUCACCAAAGCUAAUAACCUAAAAAUCCACCAACGGACCCACACUGGAGAGAGACCCAAGUCCAUCCCAUAAUUUCACACCCACAACCCAAAUCCAUUUACACUUCACAUCUGUCCUCACUUUAGUCUAUUCAAAAAAUAAAAACCUCUGAAAUUAUGAUUACUCUGUCUUAAUUGAAAGAAAUCUUGAAUGCUAUUUGGAAUUAUAUAUUUUUUUACUUUAUAAAUCAUUUACACUAUCCUGCAAUUUUAAGGGUUUCAAGUGGAAUAAAUCAAUUAUUGGUUGCUUAAAAAUAUCCUACUUUAUUACUUACUUUACUAAUAAUUUGCUAUGUUAUCAGUACAGGUUCAGUUAU